ACGUCACUGUGAGACGUCAUCACAAUGCCACAAUAACUUCCUGUUUUCGUUCCAUAAAUCCUUCUGAAUAAUGGCAGAAUUAAACCGAGAUCUCCAGGAAUAUCUGGCUCAGUCUAAAAGCGGCGCGAAGACGAUAUCCCAGUCCAGUUCCAGCACAACCAUAGACUUUAAUGAGCCGGAGUCGGUGCCCGAGAGCUGGUUCGGCCGGUGGUCGAGUCCGUUCUCCAGAGCCAGCACCCGCGGAACGUCGUCAUCGGGCCCGGGCUCGAGCAGCGGCUUCUCGUGGCCCUGGUCAUCGGAACCGGACCCGUGUUUACCGGGCCUGAGUCGAUCCCAGCGGCUGGUCGCGUUCGGGACGUGUAUCUUCUUCUCGGCUCUGUGCUUCGGGCUGUCGGCGCUGUACGCCCCGUUGCUCCUGCUGAAGGCGCGCAAGUUCGCGUUGCUCUGGUCGCUCGGCUCCGUGUUCGCGCUGCUCGGCGCGGCGAUCCUCCGCGGACCCAGUAAACUCAUCGCCACCCCGACCCCAGGCGGCGCGGUGUACCUGUGUGCUCUGGUGGGCACCCUGUACGCGGCACUCAGUCUUCACAGCACCCUGUUCACCGCGCUCGGGGCCGGCCUUCAGAUCGCCGCUAUCGUGGGUUAUAUUGUGGCUUUGUUGCCGGGUGGGAGUGCAGGGAUGAGGUUUGUGGGUGGCAUGGCAGCGUCUGCUAUUAAAAGGACUAUAACUGGAAAGACAAUGCCUAUAUGACCACGGACUGAACAACACACAUUUUACCAUGGAAACUUUUUUUUUGGAGAGUGACUGGUCUGGUACAGAUUGUGAAACUCUGGUUGGCUCUGGCAUAGGAAUACAAUGUGAGCUGCACUCUCUGGAUGGGGAUAUAUGCAUUUUGUAAUUUUCACCACAAGGACCAUAUGACCAAGACAUCAAUUACUACUUGACUUGACAUUUCUGAACUGCUUUUGAAACUGAGCUUUAUAAAUAAACUUACUGAAUGUA